GGAAUACGAAUGCCGUGAGCAGUCCCCGAGACGAGGAGUGAGUGCCAAAGGGGUGGUAUUUCUAUCUUCCCCGCCCCUUUCCCUCACUCGCCCAUCAUCGAAUCCUCCCCUCCCUCAAUCAACACCCACCAUGCGCCUCCUCAACAAAGUUGCUCUUGUAACAGGCACCUCCUCGGGCAUCGGACGAGCCAUCGCCCUGCGCUAUGCCCGUGAAGGAGCCAAGGUUGCAUGUGCAGACAUCACCCCGACAGCCCGCUCCCCUGUUCCCAAUGAGCUGGACAUCACCACCCACGACGCUAUCACCAAACACGGAGGGAAGAGCUUCUUCGUCCAGACUGAUGUAGGCGAUGCCUCGCAGAUGGAGAACGCGGUGCUGCGGACUGCGAAGGAGUUUGGUCGUUUAGACAUAAUGGUCAACAACGCCGGCGUCUCCCUCGAAUCCCGCCACCCCGCUCGCAUCCACGAAACAACAAACGAACUAUAUGACACCACGAUGCGGAUUAACACGCGCUCGGUCUUUCUCGGCAGCAAGUACGCUAUCACGCAGAUGCUGAAGCAGGACCCGCACCCGUCGGGCGAUCGGGGAUGGAUUAUCAACCUGUCUUCGAUUCUGGGAAUCGUGGCUGCGACGGAGAACCCAUCCUACUGCGCCUCCAAAGGGGCCGUCAGUAAUCUCACUCGCCAGGUGGCGUUGGAUUAUGCGCGGGAUCGCAUCCAUGCCAAUGCAAUUUGCCCGGGCUACACCCAAACGGCCAUCUAUCAAGAGACCACGGCCUAUAUGCAUGCGGCGGAGGAUCUCCAACGACGACACCCGUUCAAUGGCCCUGGAUUGCCCGAUGACAUUGCCCGGGUGGCGGUGGUGUUGGCCAGUGAGGAUGCCAGCUGGAUGACGGGGGCGGUGGUUCCGGUUGAUGGGGGAUAUACUGCACGCUGAGGAGAGGGGGAAUGUCGGCGAACAUCUGGAUAUAACGAUUCUUGUGGGCUACAAUGAUGACAUCAGAUAGGACGAGGAAACUGCAGAAUAUCCAAGACCAGCCGAUCGGCGUGAAUAGGGCUGAGACAUGGAGUAGAUGGUGAGAUUACCCGAAUUGGCAGUCCAUGACAUUGAACGAACUAUCCGGAAGGGCUAGGCAGAAUGGCAAUUCAUUUACACAUUCAAUUUCCAAGUUGCCACUACGUGCUCGUCUUGGAUUGCAGCUGGCUUGACAUCUUCCG